UCCCCUGUCUUGAUUCUCUAUAAAUCCACCGGCGUCUCAGCUCUCUCCUCGACGAGGACGAAUAACAGUGCAACGAAGAAAUACUCUGCUUUGGAUCAAAGAAUCAAGAACAGAGAUCGGAGAAUCGAUGGCUGCUGCGUUUGCGUCCACGCCGGCGGUGAUGUGGUCGGCUCGCCCGGAACGGGUGGCCGUCGCUCGGCGGUGCGUGGUGGCGCGGGCGUCCGCGACGAUGGCGGCACCGGCGGCGCUGGCGGCGGGAAAGACGCACUACGAUGUGCUCGGCCUGGGCGCAGGGGCGAGCAGGGGUGAGAUCAAGGCGGCUUACCGGCGCCUCGCGAGGGAGGUGCACCCGGACGCCGUCGGCGGCGGCGGAGACGACGGGUUCAUCCGGCUGCACACAGCCUACGCCACGCUCACCGACCCCGAUGAGCGCGCGCGGUACGACCGGGACGUGACCAGCCGCGCCGCGGGGAUGACGAUGCGGCGGGCGUCGGCGACGACCCGACCAGCCUUCCGGCGGCGGACGUGGGAGACGGACCAGUGCUGGUAGGACGUACGGCCGGGCAAACGCGGCUGCCUUCCGUGGGCUCUGAGCCCCUGGCCGGCGGCCGCCCGGUUCGCUCAGGCACGGCGCUGGCGGAAAGUUCCUGGCGACUAUCUUGUAACGUACGAUCAGGAUUGGACGUCCCAGAUUGGGUGAUGCGGACGCGGCAGCUCUGUACACAGCAAGAGGCGUUUUUUAAAGAUCUCUUGUGCUUCCGGUCAGCAAAAUGCAAAUAUGUAAAUUAAUUAGUUUUUUGCGGGUAAAUUAAUUAGUUAACUACUGCAAAUUAACAGCCAAGGAAUAUAUAGUAGCUCUCUUUGUAAUAGAAGAAACUAGUUAACUCCAUGUCGGUUGUUUCUUCUUUCAAAGUUGUCUCUUCUCUUCUAGAGGUAAU